AAGUCUUGCAUUGUCUGAUGGAAGUCUAACAAAAGCUGAGCAAUAUGAAAUAUAAGAUUGUUUAAUCCAAUAAUUGCACAGCCUACAUGUGGGCUGCUACGUUCUUUUCCGAUUAAACGUUAGCCAUGGGUCGUGUUAGAACUAAAACAGUUAAGAAGGCCGCAAAGGUCAUUAUUGAGAAAUACUACACGCGCUUGACUUUGGAUUUCCAUACAAAUAAAAGAAUUUGUGAAGAAGUUGCUAUUAUUCCUACAAAGCCACUGCGGAAUAAGAUUGCUGGAUAUGUUACACAUUUGAUGGGUCGUUUGCGUCACUCUCAAGUUAGAGGCAUCUCUAUAAAACUGCAAGAAGAAGAGCGAGAACGUCGCGAUAAUUAUGUUCCAGCUGUAUCUGCUUUGGAACAGGACAUAAUUGAAGUUGAUUCUGACACAAAGGAAAUGUUGAAGCUUUUGGAUUUCCACAAUAUUCGUGGUUUACAAUUAACUCAACCUUCCACUGGUGGAUUCAAUAGAAGAAACUAAACUUGUAUUUUAGUGAGAGCAAAAUACAUUUCUAAUUUAACAAAAAUAUUUCGUUUGAAAUUAUAGGAUAGGAAAGCGUCAGCUCUGUUCUAAUUAAAAAAAUUAAUAUAUUAAACCACUUCUAUCAAGUAAA